CACAGUCUCACCAACCUACACAUCUUAUACUAUUUCACUUUCAUACUUUCGCACUUGAAUUUACGAAAUAAAAAAGAUGCCGGUAGAUUCGUUAAUCGACGCGCAAGAUCCGUCCGCCAUGCGCUACUCGCCCGACUCGACCGGGAGCGCGGCUACCCCAAGCGACGAAGAUAGCAUUUCCAUGCAAACCCGCGCCGCGAGGAGAGUGAUGGAUAUGCGCGAUCUGCGAGCCGAAGUAAACCCGGAGACCUAUUUGCGCGGGCCUCUGCGGCCUGUCUACGAGAGAUUCUUUGCGCCUGACCCGCAAUUAUCCUCCGCACCAAUCCGCUCGAUGGAAGACACACAGUCUUCAGCGAUACGCGGCGAUCCCCCCCAUGACCUGAGGCGCUGUGGAAACUGCGACCGUGUUGGACACGAUUUGUCCAUAUGUGUUGGGCCUCCGGGAUUCGACGGCGCUUUGCAUGGCUGUCCAUGUUGCAAUACUACGGCCCAUUUGUUUGAUAAUUGCCCUCGAGCCAGUCUUAUGGACGAUAAUCUCAAAUAUCACUACCUAGUCUUGCUUAGAGGCCGUCGAGCGCCUAUUAGCACCCGACAGGACUAUCUUGGGAUGGCAGCGAGCCGGGGCCCUUCUGAAUUCUACCCGUGGACGCGAGCGUACGCCAGAGGCGUCUCUCCCUCUGUAUUCACGAGUCACGACUACGUAGGUAAUGACCCCAGAGCCCUACCCGCAGACCCGGCAACAGCAAACAAAGCCGCUCUCUUAAGAACUCUCGACCGAAUCCUGGAGCUCCCAGUGACUGCGCAGCAGCUAGAAUACUUUAUUAAUGUCUGAUUAUGCUAUUAAUAUCCUAACCAGCCUCGAUCGGCCUCAGUUAGUUUCAUGAUCAGUCAUAUAUCCAAUGCUAUAGCCUUUUACGUUUCAACAGGUAGAGUUGCCCUCUCAAUUCUUACGCUUCUAUACGUUGCUACGGCCACCUAGGCACAUAACUUAAGCAAGCAUAGCCGCCCCCUCUGACAAGCAGAAUGUGGUCACCCAGGCCUAGUACGAUAUUAUAGAUGCCGAAAGAAAAUCGAAGAGCUAGAAAGCCAGCAUCAUGAUA